GAGAGAGAGAGAGAGAGAGGGAAAAGGACAGAUAAUAGAGAAAGAGGAGAUGGCGGCGUCGGCGGAGGGAGAGGGUGCGAAGGCGAAGGCGAAGGCGAAGGCGAAGAGGUCGAUGGUGGCGAUCGACGAGAGUGAGUGCAGCAAUUACGCCCUCAGGUGGGCUCUCAGCAACCUCCGCGAAGCCAUCUCCUCUUCCCCUCUCGUCAUCUUCAACGCCCAGCCCUUCGCCACCGCCGGCUACAUGACCGCCGCAGCCUACGGGGCACCUCCUCCUGAGUUGAUUCUGUCAAUACAAGAGCACCAGAAGAAGGUAUCACUCGCUCUCUUGGAGAAGGCAAAGGCGAUUUGUGCUGAGCAAGGGGUAGUUGCAGAAACAAUUACUGAGAUCGGAGAUCCCAAAGAAGCCAUAUGUGAAGCAGUUCAGAAGAUGAAUAUUGAUUUGCUGAUCCUUGGAAGCCAUAGUCGUGGACCCUUAGAAAGGUUUUUCCUCGGGAGCGUUAGCAAUUACUGUGUGCACAAUGCCAAAUGCCCUGUGCUCGUUGUGAAGAAACAAAACUAAAAUCCAAAAUCCCCCUAAACAGGACUCGAGAGAGGUUGGCGAGAUCUUGUUGUAUCAUGCUAUGUUUGUUGUAAUGGGAGAUGUGCGCAUACAUGCACUGGAUUCGACUGAAUAAAUAAUUUGCUGCGAUCGUUACCUGCGUGUAUAUUUGCCGACAUGCGACCCUGAAACAUCAUUGUGAAAGAUUUGCUCUUGAAAUAAAGUAAGAAAGUUGCAGGAUAACCAAACUUUGGCAAGCAUGCCGUUGAUUGGUGCAUGGACCCUAGAAUUUGCACGUAGAUCUUCAAUACGAAAAUAAGAGACACUUUGUUUUGUUUUUA